AUGGAUGGCUUGAUUCCCACUUUCGAUUUAUUGGAGGAGGUGCAAAAAGACUGGUGGCUCGUUUUAUUGGGAAACUCAUGUAGUGGAAAAACGACAUAUGUCCGUUGGCUAACUCUACAAUUUGCAGAAGCUAUUAUUGAAGAAAAGAAGAAAGUAUUUAUCCAUGGCAUUGAUCUAGGAUACCCACGUGUUCCGAUUCUGAUUCGUAUCAAUGAAUUUAUUGAAUGGCACAAGCGAAACCCAAGUAUGGAACUUUUUGAUUAUUUUGGACAACAUACGUGGGUUGGAGAUAUUUAUUGCUCAAAUUCGGAAGAACAGGACAUGUUAAAAACGUUUGUGCUGAAUGGACAUUCAUUAAUUAUAUUCGAUGAAAUAGACGAAGCAACAAGUCCUGAAUCUCGGGGUGAAUUGAAUGAAUUUUUAAGCAAGUUUAUGCAUUCAUACACGCGCACUGCUGACUAUAUAUUACCAACAGAUGAGCCAUCGAUGGCUCAAUGCGGACUUUGGAGAGCCUUUUGGCAUAGAAAGAACCGUGUCAAUGAUAAUGUUGUGAUCUGCACUGGCAGAGAAGCUGGUUAUGAUACUCAACCACUAAGAGGAUUGCACAUCACGCACGUCAAUCAUGGGAAACAAUAUAUUAGCAAAGAUAGCUUAUGUUCAUUUGUUCAAACAUGGUGUUUUCAAGUGUGCCAACAAGUAAUUAGUGCAUUUCAGAAUCUUGUACCAGGACUAAAGAAUCAAAUUCCAAUUACUGAGAACUGGCUCAAACCUGAAAAACUAUGUGCCAAAAUAGAAGCAGACGAAGUUUCACGUGAAAUGACAUCCGAUUUCUUUUGUCUCUCAGCAAUGUGUACUUUGUAUGCACGAUAUGGACUCGAGUAUGUGUGCAGCAAACCAAUCGUUUUUUAUCGAGAUGUUGUCGAACAAGCUCUUCAAGCAUAUAUGAAGUGUAUUCCACAAGUUCCACAGAAUACAGUUGUCAGAAUUUUCUCGGAGUUGGCUUUCUUUAUUACUUCACAUUCAAAAUCAACCUUAAUUGAUGAAUUCGAUCUUAAACGAUUAUUUUGUUAUUUUCUUCAAUGUUAUCAUGAUGAAAGGAAGAAUGCACCAUAUUGGACUAGACGAGACAUUCAAAUCUUGACAGAUCAGCUAGUUCAAGCAUUAAAUGGAAAUGAUGUUGGAAUGUUUUAUUCACGAUCUUUGAAUGUAUAUGGAUUUCGUUACCCACUUUUUCAAGAAUAUUUCGUUGCGUUAACUCUUUUGGAAAAUGGUUUCGACAAAUACGUAAAUAUUGGACGAUUUCUAUUGACUUUGAACUCCCGUAUGGACAAAAGUCGGUUACUCGCGAUGGGCAAAAUUAGUGCCGAAAUGAAUAUAAGACUAUAUGAUCAAUGGUGUUUUCAUUUGACUUCUGGAACUACGCACAUUAAUAAGUACAUACCUCAUGGGCCGUUAUUUUUCGUUCGUGCCUUAAACAACAUCAUUCGUCUUCCAUCAACAUGGAUAGUGUAUCAAGCAUUAUAUAACUUGCUGAAUGUCAGCGGAUUUGAUGACAAAAGAUGUCUAUUUCAGUACUCUCUAACGAGGGCUCUUGAGCAGCUACCAAUGAAGCUAACACAGAAAUGGCUUAAAAUAAUUUUAACAAAAGGGGGCUCUUCUCAACAAAGAGUUCUUUCUUUGUUACAGAAUUACGUUUGCAAAGGGAAAAUGUUACCUAGUUGGAUAACGACGACGUUUUGCGAUACACUCUCAGUACAAUUGGCACAACCAAACAAUUGUUUUGAUAAAACUAUUCACGAAGCUCUAACAAUCAUUAGUAUAUUCAAUCCAUCUUUAUUAGCAACCCAUGUUGGAAGUUUUAAAGGGUUUCUUUUAUCAUCAAUCAAUAUGAUCAAGCAGUUGCCUAUAUCGAUUUUUGCAAUCAUCAUUUCUUUAUACGGUGGGCUUGAAAGAGUUGAAAAUAAUAUAAAUCAGAAUAGCAAUAACGCGAAUAUAAAUCAUCGACUCUCUAAAGAGUGGACAGAAAUGAUUUGUUUUUCGCCAAAACAUAUAUUCAAAGAUUCUCCAUUGACUCCGCUUUUAAUUGAAUACUUAAUUGAUCCAGAUCGUAAUGAUGAAGUAAAGCUGAAUUUUCUUACUGAUCAAUGUCAUGCACUUAUCCAAUCAGCAGAAAAGACUGAUGUAUCUGUCAGUGUUAUCCACAGUUUUGUGGUUUUAUUUUGCAUCAUUGGACCGAAUCACCCACACGAAUUUCAGUCGUACGUGGACUAUACAGCAUUUGAAUAUGCAAUUCAACACAUGGAUCUUAUUCUUACUUACAUAAAAGGUUUCUUUUCUAACAUUACGCAGAAAGGUUUUAAUGAUCACAUAAAAAGUAUUAUGCAACUUGUGUCUCGAUCGCUGACAAAUACGACUAUGUUACGUUUUUCAAGUUUCGUUAUUCGUUUAUAUUCUCAAAUGAUCACAAUUUAUCCACACAGCAGAAAUACAUGGGAUGCGAUAUGGCGUACAUCUUUCUGCUCUGAAAUGUGUCUUUGGCUUUCUGCCAAUCAACUAUACUUCAUCCAAUCAGAUAUCCUCUUGCAGAUGGAUGAGUUAAUGAUCAUUGAAAAUUUAUCGACUUUAUGCUAUGUAGUUCCCAAAGGAACAUCUAUGGAAGAACAUGAAAUUGAAAUACUGGAGAGGAACGAUUUAGAGCUCCUUAUGCACCGAAAACAUCCAUUGCAACUUAUAGCAGAUCGCAACGUAGUUCUCUUGCUAUUAGCAUAUAUUCCCAAACAUCUUCGAACAUUUUAUAUACGUCUGAUAGAAAGAGAAGAUCUUUCUUUUAAGAAUCAAUCACCUCUGGUCUUCAUGCAUUUGGUCGUCAUAUUUUUGGAAACUAGUGAACUAUGGAAUGACAAAUGCAUUCGUUACAAUAUUAUAUUAACGCUUCUUUUACCACUUUUCGAAAAAUAUGGAUUAAAACACUUUAUUUUGUCUAAGCGUUCACAUAUUGAUCAGACUGAACCAAAUGAAAAAGAAAGCUAUUUCAGUCGUCUUCACAGUAAUGAAUUCUUUAGAUCAUAUGCAAAUGAGAUUUUAUCAUUGAGUACUUUAUCUGGUGAAUUAGAUGAAGCAAUAGAACGUGCUAUUGCAGCAGAACAGGACCGUCUUAUAACUGCUUUAUACGAAUCGAAUAUCGAUCGCGUCGACGAACAAUUAUAUUCGGCAUCGAUAUGUCUUGCUCGCCUAGCAAUGAGUGAUUCGGAUAGCAUGGAGAAGAUGGACAGAGUGUAUCUUAUAGAUAAUGCAUGGAGAGCAGCCGAAGAAACUACUGAUUCACUGUGGAAAAUUGAUGCUCUCAUAACUAUUUGUCGUAUCUCAUAUUCACAAUGGUCAAACGAUGCUCUUGAAGCUCGGCUGAAUAUGUUGACGGAAGUGCUAGAACACCUAUUGACAAUUACUGCAUUUCACUGUUACGUUGCAGUUUUUAUUCGUUACCUGUCUUUUGCAGGCAGUAUUGCACGUAUGAGUUCAAACAUAUUCGAAAGCAUCUGGCAGAAAUUACUAGAAUUACCAAGCGUUGAUCAACAGGCAAUAUGCCAGGCCUUUAUAUAUUUUCCUUCAAUUCGAAGGGAUGUUGAACGACGUGUUUUACUAUUACAAUGGUCCAAAGAAAAUACCGCAUUAAGUCGAGUUUUUAAUCUAUGUUCGUCAACAUUUACAACUUAUUUUAAAAAUAACUUAAUAUGUAACGGAUCACAAAACAUGGGCUCAACACUUAUAGCUUGUAUGUAUCUCAAGGAGUUGCAUCUCGAACUGACAUUGUUAAAACAUUUGUUAAUUAAAAGAGAAAAUAACGUAAAAGUUGUUCAUAAUGGUAGUUCUAUUUCUUAUCCAUACGAACAAUGUAAUAUUGUUCUUGAAUCGGAAGAAACAUCACAACAAACCUUAAGCAGUGAUACUGCUUUGGAAAUCUCUCAUUUCCUUGAAUUCAAGUUCAUCGAAAACACUGAACACAUUUUGUUUAUUCAGCAAACACUGAAAACGUACAAUAAAAUCGCAGAUGAUGAUGUUUCACUGUUUUUGAUUAAAUGGCUAGUUUUUCGAGACGAUCAAAUUCGACAACCAGUAGCUGUUGAAGCCAUGUUUUUGCUUAUUCGAUCACAUCAAUGGACAUUAGAAGUAUUGGACAUGUGUUGUGAAUUUCUAACAAGUGAAGAUGAUGAAAUUAGAGAGAGAGCAUUUGCUUGUAUUAAAAAAACAGAAUGGGGUGCUAUUGAAGGAGCAGCUUUAGUGAUUACUAAGUGGUUAUCCGAGUGGAAUCGAAAUAUUUGGAACGCUGCUCCUCCGUUCAUGAGAUAUAAAGAUUUUGGUCUACUUUUUAUUGACGAAAUUUCAGACAUUGAAAUAAUUCUUGAAAAAGAACUUGAUACUUUCAGUGAAUCUUUAGAUCACAAUACAUCCUCGCACUAUUUUUCGUUUAUAGGCUUAAUUUUUGAGCUGUCUACAAACGCUACUAACUAUCUAAUUGAUGUCUUGUGGGUUUUAAGUCAAUCGGUUGACGACAAUGACGGACUGUUCUUAGCUUGGCUCCUAAAAUAUAUACCGCCUAGGUUGUGUGUUGAUACAAAAGAAAUUUUUAAUUGCUUCCGUGAUAUUGUAUGUCAUGAUGGAACUGGAAAUACUGCAUUAUUGGCAAUUAUUAAAUGUCUUCGUUAUUGGCAAAAUGAUGAUCAUGUAAGAAGCCUGCUAUGGCAAAUCAUUGAUAAUAAUAAUAACAUGAGUAUCAGCUAUGAAGAAAUUGUCGUUGCUUGCAUACAUUCUCUGUAUUAUAAAUACAAUAAGCCGAUAGAAGAAACGGAAUUGAAUCGUCUCAGAGAUCUGCAAAACAAGACACUAUCUUUAUGUGUUAGUCAAGCAACUGUGCUGGGUUUACUUUAUCAAGUCAUAGAUCAACCAACAGAAUACACUAUUGAUGAGGUCUAUGUUACUUUCUUGACGCAUAUUUCAGACUAUUUCUCAGUGUACGAUUACGAUAGUACACUUAGAGCAUAUCAAUGGAUAAUAAAUCACAGGGGACAUCUGAUUCCAAUUUUUUUACAAGACAUGUUUGAUAGUAUGAUUCUUGUUAAAGAAUCAAUAAUUGAAGGUGCCGUAUAUGUUGUUGUGAUGGAUAUGAUCAUUAGCCACGAUGCAGACGUUAUUUGUCAUACAGUUCGGCACAGCUUAUUCGGCGAAGAGCGAUUCAAAAAUGCUCUUUAUAAUUUCAGCAAGAGAAGUAACCCUUUCAUACAACUAGAAUGCUUGAAGAUAUAUAGUCACUUUAAUGAAGUCUCAGAAGAAUUUGUGUGCAUGUUAAUGUCGGUGGCACUGCAAGAGGUUCAGUUGAACGAUAUAUAUGGUGUAAUUAGUAAGAUAACAUGCGUGCAGGCACGAUCAAUUGUUACAGAUCUUCUUAAAACAAUGACAUCAUCAUCUUUGACAAAACGUUAUUGUGCUGCUAAAUUACUCGUCCGUUUAGGAAAAGUAGAUCAAGUUUCUGUUAUCGAGGUACACGAAGCUCUAAUCACAGGCAUCAAAGCAUGCCGCUCACAUACUAUAGCUUUGUCAAAAGAGCACCGAAAACUUGAGUGCUUUCUGCUUGAACUUCUGCAUGAACUUUGUACUGAAACAAUGGGAAUCAUCAAUAUGGUAUUUCCCUAUAAUUUAGACGAAGAUUAUUUGACAAAUUUAGAAGACUAUGAACCGCAAUGGCGACAACCUACAUUUAUGUUGUGA